UUAAAUUUAAAUUGUGUUGAAAUUAAUAAAAAAUUAUUGAAUACGCUUGCCAAAGAAAAAAAUGUAUAUUUUACAACAGUUACCAAUAUAUGUGCUAUUAACUUUAUGUCUAAUCUAUUGGACAGAAAGGACAAAUGGUUAUUUUGCGGCAUAUAGCGAACAGAACACGGAUCAAAAUUGUUUUUGUGAGCUGGAGGGUUCUAUCAACGAUUGUAGUUGCGAUGUAGAUACAGUAGAUCAUUUUAAUAAUAUGAAAGUGUAUCCACGAUUAAAAAGUCUUUUGGUUAAAAACUACUUUCGCUUCUUCAAAGUGAACCUCAAGCGGGAAUGUCCUUUUUGGCCAGAUGACAGCAAGUGUGCAAUACGAUUUUGUCAAGUCGAGAAUUGUGCAGAGCAAGAAAUACCAAAAGGAUUAAAGGAACAUAGUGAACAUGUUGACAAGUCAGCUUUGUUUAAGUAUACCAAAGAAGCACAGAACGUUGAUUGUUCUCAUGCGGAAGAUUUUAAUAGUGCCCUUGGCUUUCUGGAUACAAGUAUUAGUGAUCAAUCGCAUAGAGAAUUUGCACGUUGGGCUGAACAUGAUGAAGCUGAAGAAGAAUUUUGCAUAUUGGAUGACGACGAAUCUGGUUCACAAUAUGUAGAUUUAUUAUUAAAUCCUGAAAGAUAUACGGGUUAUAAAGGAGAUUCAGCACAUCGUAUUUGGAAAAGUAUCUACCAUGAAAAUUGCUUUGGUAUGAAUGAUACAAAAUCCGUACCGAAUUAUAUACCACAUAUAGAUUUGCGUAAUGUUUGUUUGGAGCAGCGAGCAUUUUAUCGAAUUAUUUCUGGACUACAUUCAAGCAUUAAUAUUCAUCUUUCGGCAAAAUAUUUGUUAUCAGAAUCUAAAGAC